AUGAUGAGCCACUUGUCGUACCAAUACUCACUAGCUGGCGAUGUGAACAUUCCCGUCCCAGGAUGGGGUAACUGGGAUAUGGAUGGAAACCUAUACGCUGGCCACAUCAAUAUCGACAUUAAGACGGGCUAUCAGACGGCUCCCAAAAAUCCGUUAAACAUCAAGCCAGAGACGUUAGCGCUUUUAGCGCAAAAUCCCGAGUUCAGACAGGCAAGAAAAAAUGCUAAAGAAGUAGAUGUUGGUCGAAUACCCUAUGGAUACGAACCGAUUAAAUGCAAACCACCCUACUGUAAUCCUUUCGUGCACCAUACCGGAGUUGCCGUUGAGGUUGAACAAGAUGUUGCUUUGUCCGCAGCAGCGCAAACGAGAGUUCUGCCUCUCUCAUUAUAA